AUGGUCAAGUCAUAUUUAAAAUUUCAGCACAGCAAGACUUUCGGCCAGAUCUGUACUGCCUCCGCCAAUGUCGUCUGGGACUCGGCUGCCGGCCAUGAAGGGUCGACAAGUAGAGGCGGCGCAGGCCGAGCCUAUGUCGGUGCCAACGAGGAAGUGUUAGCGUGGGACCUCAAGACAUCAGAGAAAGUAGGGUCAUGGAACGUUGAGGACAACAACGCCUUGGUCACGGUGAUCUGUCGAAGCGACGUGGACCCGGACGUUUUUGCGGUCGGCUACGAGGAUGGCAAGAUCCGGAUCUGGGACUCCAGGACAGCAACUGUGAUCAUUACUUUCAACGGACACAAGACUGCGGUUACGCAACUCAAAUUUGACCGCUCGGGCGUCCGUUUGGCGAGUGGCUCUAGAGAUACCGACAUCAUCCUCUGGGACCUGGUUGCUGAAGUUGGCUUGUACCGCUUACGGGGUCAUAAGGACCAAAUCACCUCGCUCAACUUUCUCACAGCAGAUGACGACGACAAUUUGCUGCAAGACGGGCACGAUGAAGAGCAGGACGGGAACAAGGACUCGGACAAGUUUCUCCUCUCUACCAGCAAAGAUGCGCUGAUCAAGGUGUGGGAUCUGUCUACUCAGCACUGCAUAGAGACCCAUGUCACGCAAACAAAUGGCGAGUGUUGGGCGUUGGGAUUGACAAAAGACGGCAAUGGGUGUAUCACGGCUGGUAAUGAUGGAGAGUUGAAAGUGUGGUCGAUUAACCAAUCCGCUAUGGUUGCGAAACUAGGAGCGAGCGAUCAGGCGCAACUCAGCGUUCUUCAGGAAUGUGGUGUCCUGUAUCGACAAGGCCGAGACCGACCGCUAGCUAUCCAUUUUCACCCCAAGCGUGACUUGAUUGCGGUACACGGAUCUGAUAAGUCCGUGGAAUUGUUGAGAAUCCGCUCCGAGAGCGAGGUCAGGAAAGCGCUCAUUCGAAAACGCAAGAGGAGGAAGGGAAAAGGUGAUAAAGAGGUUGACGGGGAGGCUGGAGCGGAUGUGGCGGAUGACGACCACGACUCGAACGACAUAUCUGCCGCCACGGCUACCGACAUAUUCGUCCCAUAUGUGAUAGUUCGCACUGGUGGAAAAGUCAGAUCAAUAGCAUGGGCCGGCGAAAAGGCCGGGAAGUCCAUCCACAUAUUGGUGGCCACUGCGAACAACCAACUAGAACUUUUCGACGUCACGACUACGGAUAAGAAGAAGUCCACCGAAGCUGCAGAAUACAGUCGAACCUUGUCGGUCGAUAUGCCGGGGCACCGGACGGAUGUACGGUGUGUUGCCUUGAGCUCCGAUGACCGAAUGCUUGCGACUGCCUCUCACGGGAGCUUGAAAAUAUGGAACGCUAGAACACAGAGCUGUUUGCGGACGCUAGAGUGUGGUUAUGCUCUGUGUAUGUCAUUCCUCCCUGGCGACAAGAUUGUCGUGGUGGGCACUCGGGAGGGUACACUCGAGGUCUUCGAUAUUGCGGCCUCGACCCUGCUUGACACCAUUCAUGCACACGAACGGGACAUAUGGUCCUUGCAAGUGAGCCCGGAUGGCAAGUCUCUGGUCACAGGCUCGGCCGACAAAACCGCAAAGUUCUGGCAAUUCAAGGUGGUGCAAGAGGAAGUUUUGGGAACGACUCGGAAGAACGCGAAGCUGACCCUCGUUCACUCCCGGACGUUGAAGGUUGCUGACGACAUCCUGAGCGUGCGGUUUUCACCUGACGAGAGAUUGCUGGCUGUGAGCACUCUGGACAAUACGGUCAAGGUGUUCUUCGUGGACACCCUGAAACUCUUUCUGACCCUCUACGGCCACAAGCUGCCAGUGCUCAGUAUGGACAUCAGCUAUGAUAGUAAGUUGAUAGUCACUUCUAGUGCUGACAAGAAUGUCCGGGUAUGGGGUUUGGACUUUGGUGACUGUCACAAAGCCUUUUUCGCCCACCAGGACAGUAUUCUGUCCGUUCUGUUUGUGCCUAACAACAACGAGGGUAACGGCCAUCACUUCUUCUCUGCAUCCAAGGACCGGAUAAUCAAAUACUACGACGCCGACAAGUUCGAGCAGAUUCAAAAGCUGGACGGACACCACGGCGAGAUAUGGGCAAUGGCAAUUGCACAUUCCGGGGAUUUCCUUGUUAGCGCAAGCCAUGACAAAAGUAUCCGGUUGUGGCAGCAGACUGACGAACAGAUCUUCCUCGAGGAAGAGCGGGAGAAGGAACUCGAAGAGCUGUACGAAAACACACUGUUGACAUCACUCGAUAACGAUGACACGCAAGCAAAUGGCGACGCUGAUGGCGUCGAGGCGACAGCUGCAGGCAAGCAGACUGCACAAACUCUCAUGGCCGGUGAAAAGAUCGCUGAAGCUCUCGAGGUUGGCUUGGAAGACCUCCACCUCAUGCAGCAGUAUGAGGAAGCGAAGCGUACAAAUCCAAAGGUGGCCAUGCCACAGCGAGACGCGGUGUUUCUCGCCAACAACAAUGUCUCUGCGUCGGUCUAUGUACUGGGUGUGUUCCAACGAGUACCUUCAGCAUCACUCCAGGACGCCCUACUUGUAUUAUCGUUCUCACAGCUGCCAGCAUUGUUCACUUUCCUUGCCCUCUGGGCAAGCGAGGGACGGAAUAUCCCUCUGACAUGUCGAAUCUUGUUUUUCAUGCUCAAGGUUCACCAGAAGCAGAUCGUCAGUACACGUACCAUGAGGGUGAUGUUAGAGGACCUGGGACAGAAAUUACGGCACACUCUGGAGCAGCAGAAACACGAUCUCGGCUUCAACCUGGCUGGGCUCAGGGUACUUGGACGCAAAGUCCGCGAGCUGGGCGAAAGUGAUUAUGUCGAUGAUUUGUUGUUGGAGGAUAGCCGACCGUCAAACAGCAAUAGAGGUGUAAAGAGAGGGUUCGUCAACGUGGCUUAA